AUGGCCGAAGUCGUGUUCGCAAGACAGUUCCUGGCGACCUUGGAGUCGCGCCCGGCGAAGCUGUCCGCCGACCAUGUCGAGGACCCCAAGAACUUCCCGGCUCGUCCUCCCUACAUCCUGCCCAAGAUGCCCAAGGCCAUGAGCAAGCCCUCGAAUCUUGCCCCAGGUCAGGAGCGCAGCGUCAACGUCACUCUCAAGUCCCUGCGCAACCCUCCUCUGGAUAUCAAGCUCUCCUCCCAGUCGCUCAACACCUCCAUCCUCGACAUCAAGGCGGCGGUUGAGGCGGAGUCACGGAUACCUGUGGACAAGAUGAAGCUGCUGUUCAACAAGAAGCCGGUGCCAGACAGCAAGGUGCUGAAGGACUUGCUUACGGACGGUCAGGCAUCUCUUGAGUUCUCCGUCAUGGUUAUUGGAGGAGCUGCUGCAGUCAAGCCCGAGCCUAGCGCUGCGGUUGCGCCCAACACUACAGAGGAGGACAUCGGAGAGGCGGCAUUGGACACGGACGAAUUCUGGAGCGAUCUCAAGGGCUUCUUACUGCAGAGGCUUAAGCACGAGCAAAAGGCGGAGGAGCUAUCAGGGCUGUGGCGCUCAACCUGGCAGGCCCAGAAGAAGUCAUAA